CCUUUGUCAACUGCCCACCCCUUUCCCUGAGGUCACUAGAGACACACCCCCGGGGCUAAUGCGCAGGCGCCGUUCUUCCCCACUCGCGGUGGGCUGUCUCGUUACGCAUGCCCGGACGGCAGCGGGACAUUCCACGGAUUUUACCGCCGGAAGUUCGGCGGCCAUUACCAAAGAGUGGGAGUUUGGCUGACUAGCUAGAGGGGCUUGUUUCCGCCCGCUCCUGGGUGGUGGGCGGCCAUUUUAGGUGCGUGCAAUUAAGGGCUGUGGAGGGAUUGGCUCCGCGUCUAGGUUCGUCCGCUGCUUCCCACCUACCAGGGCCGGAUCCGGAGCCCUUCCCCGCGGGGCGGGAUCUGGCAGCGGCCGACUCCUCUCCAGGUGAACGGUAACCCCGCUGAAGAAACACUUAAGUUCUGGAAAUAGCGACUCAGUAUCAUGGCCGGCAGCCCCAAUGAAGAUUCAGAAGGAAGCAGAAUCACUUAUGUGAAAGGAGACCUUUUUGCAUGCCCCAGAACAGACUCUUUAGCCCACUGUAUCAGUGAGGAUUGUCGAAUGGGUGCUGGGAUAGCUGUCCUCUUCAAGAAGAAAUUUGGAGGGGUGCAGGAACUGUUAAAUCAACAAAAGAAAUCUGGAGAAGUGGCUGUUCUGAAGAGAGAUGGGCGAUACAUAUAUUAUUUGAUUACAAAGAAAAGGGCUUCACAUAAGCCAACUUAUGAAAACUUACAGAAGAGUUUAGAGGCCAUGAAGUCCCACUGUCUGAAGAAUGGAGUCACCGAUCUCUCCAUGCCCAGGAUUGGAUGUGGUCUUGAUCGUCUGCAGUGGGAAAAUGUAUCUGCAUUGAUUGAAGAGGUCUUUGAAGCCACAGACAUCAGAAUUACUGUGUACACACUGUGAACAGACACGUGCUGUGGAUGUGUCCACGUUCUCCUGUGUGAUCCCUACUGGACCGUAGCACUGGACGAACUGACCUGAAAACGGUCUGAAGAAAGAUUCAUGUGAAGUAGUCUGUGUCACAGGCCAGACUUGGGUUGCUGUAUUCUCAUGAUGGGACUGGAACUCUGGAGGAGGGAUUGCUUGGGAAAUGUUGCUGUGAUUUUUUUUUUUUCCUUCAGGAAGGUAAGGAGUAGAAUGCCUCAUAUUAGGCAAGGAAAUCAGAUGUUGGGCCUCUGACCUGUUUUGAUCCAGGAUACGACCUGACUUGUUUGGCUUGCCACUAGGUGGCAGCACUGACAAUUACUUCUCUGUUGUUUUAAGAAAAGUUUCAGGAAGGAUGAACAUUUCAAUUAGUUUUGCGUCUUUGUCAUUUGUGAGCUUGCUUGGUAUUAUCCUUAUGUCAUUCUAGGAGAGAAUUAUGGGUUUUGUUAAAGUUACAAAAAUGAGUCUUAGGUUGUUAACAAGAAAUUUGUGGUGACGGAAAAGGACAAAUAGACAUCUUUUUCUUGGGGGUCCAAUGAGGUUCUGUGCACACGGCUGUUGUUCUGGACCUGGGUAAUGGAGGAUUUACCUGUAACUAAUUGGGAAGAAUCAGACAAAGGUCCAGUGGGAAGAGCAGCAGGGUGAGAAGAAAUAAGAAUGGACAAGAAACUGUGGGUCAGCAUUACUAGAAAGGCAGAUGUUUAGAAUCUCCUCAGGGUGAACUCUUGCUCUCUUCCAUCUACCACAUAGCUUCUGCGAUUGAACGGGUCUGAAUUCAGUCAUGGAACAAAUAAUGUAUAUGAAAUGUCUGCUAAAUUCCUUAGGGCAGAGUAAUGACUCAACAAAUCAGUGGUUCUCAACAAAAUCCUUCCUUAAUGAAUCUUUUAAGAAAAAGGCCCACUUCCUUCAAAAAUUCUAGUUUGGCAGUUUGGGGUGGGGUGGGGGAAAUGGCUAGGUUUCUUUGUUUCAUUAAGCUGUAGAGGAUUGUGAUCAUGCAGCCAGCUGGGAUGAAAAACCGUACAUUUUAGUCCCUUUUUCUUCUUUAGCUAAGAGGGCAGCACUUUAUCCACUCCAGUGUUUACAGUGAGAGAAUAGGUUCCUGGAUUCAGUAUCAAAGGUACUGGGAAAACUAGUGGAAUUCUUUUUUACCAUUACUGUGGUAGUAAGAGUUAAGAUAGGGUUGCCUGGCUAGCUCAGUCAAUAGAGCAUGUGACUCUUAAGGUUGGGAAUGUGAGUUCAAGCCCCACAUUAGAGGUGGAGCCUACUUAAAAAAAUAAAAAGUUAAACUAGCCUAAACUAUUGAUUUUCUCGCUAGAGUGAAUUCUGGGUCUGUUGUAGGACUUGCUGCAUUCCCAAGUGUGAAAAGAACUGGGUUUCAGAAGGGGCUUGUUGAAACACUAGGAAAACGCCGGUUAAAUAUAAUCUUUGUACUUUAGACUUGUGUUCUUAUCACACAAGUAGUGUGAUAGGAGGCAGCAGUUUCAAAAACUAUUUCACUUCUUUUGUGUCUCUGGAACAGACAAGUUCAUGUCGUUGGGGUAGGAGUAGUGCAGGGCCAAGUUCAUUGUUGAACUCAGACUGAGGCUUUUGAAGCUUUGCUUUUGUCCACAUACAGUAAAACUGAAGGGGAAAAGAGAAUGAAUACACAAUACAGAAAAUGAGAGUGGGAUGAUGGUAAGAGGAAACUUAGAAUCAAAGUAUUUUGCUUAACUAUGCAAAUAAAUCUUUGCUCUUGGCUCAAAACAUUGGCUUUUGUAGGAUUUAAAGGGAUUAGGGUUAAUUUUUUUCGUGGAGUAUGAGCCUUGAAGAUUCUUUGAACAAAGACUAGUCUCGGGGAGGACUGGCUGUAAGUGGAAUUCUGGGACUCAGUGGGGAUAUGAUAAAGUGCUUUGUCAUUUGCAGAUAGUCUUAGGGUCAAAAUCUGAUGACUUAUCACACUUGAAGCUUGGGAAGAGGAGGCAUGGCCUGAUAGAAUGAGCACAUUAUACCUGGAAACCUAGUUAGAGUUUGGCAAACACCCAGAAAUUCGUACAUGAAGUUUUGCUUCUACAUAGGACUCAAGCCUUGGAAGAAAGGAGACUGGACACCAUCCUGCUGUCACCUUUAAGUACCACAUAUCAACUAAUCUUAGAGGGGGUGUGUCUCAACAUUGAAAUCCUACUUAUCAUCUCCUUAAUCAAGUGGCUAAUUGCUUAUUAAGUAGCAAUGGGAACAUGGAUAUCUUAUAAACAGAUUUCCCCUGCCCUUCGUUUCACCCUCUGCCAGAUUCCUUGUCUUCAGAGAAGGGAAAAGGCACUCAUUUACAAGUAAUCUCAAAAAAUAUUUGAUAAAGGUCAAGAUGGGUGGGAAGUCGGCCUGGGAGAGUUAGUAUCCUGUGUUGCCUAGACAAGCCCUGGGUGAAGCCUCCCUUCCACUUUCUCAUGUCAUGGCUUGGCUCAUAGCCUGGGAACAUCCCUAUUCCUAGGACUUGUUCACUGUUCAUAGUAACUUCUAAAUGCCCAAGUUCCUUAAAAAACCUCACAGAAAAACCACACCACUUCUUUUAUUAAUGUUGCUAUUUUUCUUUAAAAAAUCCAACUUCACAUAAAAUGCAUUUCUGGACAUAUUUCAAAGAUCUGCACAGACCUUGGGUCUGAGGUUCUUUGCCUUAAGCAGCCCAUUGGAAUAAUUAGGCCCUUCUGCCCCACAGAUGCCUGAUGCCCAUAUAUAGUCGCCAUUUCUUUCUUUGUAACUCACUUUCCUCUUUCCCAAGAGCAGCCUUAGGGAGAGCCGAGGCUUAAAUGAUUUACAGCAUGAGCAGUAUAUUUAGAGUCCUUGGAGGACCUGUGCACUAGGAUUGGUUGAUGUCCAGUGUUGUCCAGCUCAAGUGGUAUUAGGAAGUUGGGCAUGUCCCAGAUGGCCAUACAUGUCACUGCUGUCUCCUGGUGGCAGCAGGCAGACCUUAGUGAGAAAACAGAAAGCACGUUACUGAGAGUUUGCUGGCCCCAAACAAUGAAGAGUUUUCUUUUCAGCUAGGGUUUCUGUGUACCCUCCAAGCAAGUUUGAAUUUCUCCCCCAUAGUCUCCUGUGAUUUCCACUUUACCGAGCGUUAGGUGUGUUGUGUUCAUGUUUUGGUGUGGUUCACACAGGGAAAACCCCAGAAGAUACCUCCUUGAGUUAAAUAUAUGGUUAAAUCCUAUUCUGUCAUUUUUUUAAAAAAAAAGAUGGAAUAAGAAAUAUAAAGCAAAUUUUCUUUAACAAAUGCCCAUUUCUUAGUAUUUUAAUUAAGCAGAGUUGUUCUUUUGGGCUUUUAGAUUACAACUUGAUUUCAUGCCAAUUUUUUUUUUUGGUACAUUUUAACCUUUCCCUUCAGGAACAUGAAUAACUCGGAGUACAGGGAAGCAUGUUAAUGUGUCCAGAUAAUACGGUUAUGUACACUAAUGGAAGGAGGCUUAUAGUGUGGAACAUGUCCAAUAAUACUUUAUUUUUUAAAAUAAUUUGACUUGGAAGUGGACUUUUCCCUCAAACUGAUUAAUCUGUUUUACUUCCAUUUAGAUUAGCAUAAAAUACAACCCUCUAUUAUCUAAAAUUAAAAGCUCCUUUUAAUCAUC